UUUUUUUCCCCAAUUCAUUCAUUCACUCUGCCGCUCUCCAAUCCGGUCGCGGCGAAGCUCGGCCACCCAACCCGAUGCCGUCGGGGUCGGGCUCCCGGGGCAGGCGGCCGCGGCCGCGGGCGGCCGCAGAGGUGGCUGCUCCCCGCGUUGUACAGGUGAGCUCGUCCGGCUCGGGUGAGGAAGGGAGCGAUGAGGAGGAGGAAGAGGAGGAGGAGGAGGGGAGCGAGGGAUCCGGUGAAGGUGCGAGGGGCCGGGGCGGCUCCGCCAACGAGGAUAAGACGACGGAGAGGGAAGUCGAGGCGGAGGACCCGUGCCUUCCCAGCUGCCCCAUCUGUAUGGUCGCGUGGACCGCCGAUGGUGCGCAUCGCGUUAGUUGCAUCCCUUGUGGGCACGUCUAUGGCAGACAUUGCUUAGAGACGUGGUUAGUGCAGUACGGCAAGAAAAAGGCACCGUGUCCUCAAUGUGGCAAGAGAUAUACACAGAACAACAUCAUCAACCUCUAUGUACCAGAGAUUGCUGUUCCCAGUAAUGAUCUUGAAAAGCAAGUAUUGUACUUGAGAGAGAAAAAUGAAUCUCUUGAGAAGCAACAAGCAAAAUUACUUGAGGAGAUAAAAGAGUAUAAGAGGAUAAUUAUGUUGCAACAGAAUAUAAUAUAUGAAUCAAGCUCAAAGAGACAGAAAAUGACAGAGCGGUCAUCAGAUGGAAUAUCAGGGGCAGAGCCAAUUGCCUCACUUACAAAGGACAUUGACCACAGCAAUCUGUCAAGUUUUGCUCUCCAGAAUGAGUUUUUGGUUGAUGGAGCUCGGGUCAUGGGUAUAGAUGCAUCCAGUCAGAUUAUAUUCACUUCGGGAAGGGCACAUGGAGUUGGUACUGAAUACAUCCUUACAAAGAUUAGCAUGUUUCAUAGACAUGGAAUGGAGAAGAUCCACCUCCCUUCUGAUACUAAAGCUAUUAGGGAUAUCUGUGUACUUCCUAGGGGUGAUGUUGUUUUUGCAUCACUGGGCAGGAAGUUGUCUCUUUUCAGCGUGACCACCAACAAUGUUGUCCUUCAAUAUGAUCUACCGGCUCCUGGUUGGUCCUGUUCAGUGGAUUAUACUACUUCAACUCAUAUUUAUGCUGGAUUACAGAAUGGCAUGCUGUUGGUCUUUGAUAUUCGUCAAACUUCAGCACCUUUGCAUUCUACCAUGGGUCUAUCAACACACCCAGUUCAUACUAUACACUGUGCUGUAGAUGACAGUGGUUCCAGAAAUGUUUUAUCUGCUUCUUCUAUAGGACCCUGCAUUUGGGAUGCCAGCGAAAACAGGCCGAGUUUGGUAAGCGGGAUGGAAAACCAAGGGGUCUGCAUAUCUCUUGCGUGCACCUCUCCAUCAAGUGAUCUCCUGGUAGCUUCAUAUCGCCCGAAAGUUGAGCUGCCAGAUGAUAGUGCCACUCAAGCGGCUACACAACAAUCACCGGUACUCACUGGUUCAGGAAAGCUAGGAUACCACACACUCCUCAGGAGGACCACCACCACAUCCUUUGCCAAGGACCAUAUCUGCAGUGGUGUCGUAAGUGAGUUGCGAAUGUCAAAGUCUGCAAUCAUUCCCUGCGGAGGCAAUCAGCAUCUGUUUGCCUAUGGGGAUGAGUCGCUGUAUGGAGUCCGGACUUGGCAGCUGCCUUCGUUUCAGAGGUACACCGAUCUCAUGCCCCACAGGCAACCAGUCCUUGAUCUAAGGUUUGCUGAAAGUUCCACUGGGAGAUACCUUGGUUGCUUAAGCGCCGAAAAGCUACAGGUUUUCACAGUUAGGUAGCUUAACUAAGACAAUCAUUGACUUCAUUCUUUAGCUUUGUUUCUGGUAGCUGUGCGUGCUAACAGUUGGUUCCUCACUAGCUUUGCUGUACAAGUACAGACCACUCUUGCUCCGUACAGUUUUUUUUUUUACUAAAGACAGCGUGUAAACCAUGCUACACAUUUCAGAUAACCUGUCGUAAGAGGCUCCAAUUUACAAUACACCGGCAAGUGAAGGAUUGCAUGUGCUGUUAGAGUUGUACUGAUGCCUCACCGCAUUGUGUCAUAAAUCAAGGAAACAAAUGGGUAGCAAUCUGUCACACCUUUGAUUCUUCCUGCUAUGCUCACUCGCUGAUAUUUUGAGUUUGUAAUCAUCAUUGUACUUCACUAAAAAACGUAACAUCAGGCAUUCA